UCUGAUUCUGCAGCAAAAAGCAACACUUGCAAAUUAAGGCAAAACAUAAAAUGAGUCUAUCAAUAUCAUCAGUUACUCAUCUAUCGUCAGUUAUGGGUUCUGAUGCUUCUACUGCUCUCACUAACGUCUUUGACUCUGGGAAGUACACCACCAAGUUUCAAAGGAUAGAAUCUAAUUCAUGCAAUGGCACACACCCUGAUCCACCUCCACCAAAGUCACUCUUCAUUGCUACACCUCUUGAAGGUGGAGAAUUCCCAGUUCUACUUUUCCUGCAUGGCUAUCUUCUUUACAAUUCAUUUUAUUCCCAGCUUAUCCAGCACAUUGCUUCUCAUGGCUUCAUUGUCAUUGCUCCUCAGUUGUAUGCAGUGGCUGGACCUGAUGUAAGUGGAGAGAUUCAUUCUACAGCUGCAAUAACAAAUUGGCUAUCUGAAGGACUCAGCAAGUUCCUUCCACCAAAUGUAACACCAAAUUUCAGCAAGUUAGCACUCGCCGGCCACAGUCGCGGAGGCAAAACAGCUUUUGCUGUUGCUCUGAGAAAACUAAACAUCACAACUGAUCUCAAGUUUUCAGCAUUAGUAGGAGUGGACCCAGUUGAUGGACUGGACAGAGGAAAGCAAACCCCCCCACCAGUUCUCACCUAUGUUCCUCAUUCAUUUGAUUUCGACAUGCCAGCAAUGGUUAUAGGUUCAGGUCUAGGGGACGUGAAAAGGAAUCCUUUAUUUCCCCCUUGUGCUCCCAAAACUGUCAACCAUGAGGAUUUCUUCAAUGAAUGUAACAAACCUGCUUGGUAUUUUGUGGCUAAGGAUUAUGGACAUGUUGACAUGCUAGAUGAUGAUACCAAUGGAAUAAUAGGGAAAGCUACCUAUUGUCUAUGCAAGAAUGGAGAGUCAAGGAAACCAAUGAGGACAUUUGUUGGAGGACUUGUAGUUGCAUUCUUGAAAGCUUACCUGCAGGGUGAUAACAGGGACUUAUUGGCCAUAAAAGACAAGCAUUUGAGGGCACCAGUGGAGCUCAAAUUUGAUUAUUUUGUAUGAAAAUCAUAGAGAUAGUACAACAACACAUGCAGUCAAUCAGCAUAUGCACAAACAUCACACUGCUUUAGUUUUUCUUUUCUCUGUUAUGUUCAUGGAAGCUAUGCAGAGAGCAAAGGGAGUUCUUACAGUUACAAAAACAAAGGCUAGACGGAACUUUGUAAUAUUGUUAUAGCAAAAGAGCCAACACACCCUCCUAGUGAAUGCUAAAAAACGCAGCAAAGAAUUAUUUGAGUUCUA